AGGACACUGCAGGCACAGCACCAGUCGGAAACCUCUGUGCCUACCAGAGAGCCUGCAGCCAGCAAGGGCUGAGCGAGGAGGAGCAAGAGGAAGUAACUGAACCUGUGACUAACGCGGGCAGAAUAUCAAGGAAGGUUUUCUGCUAAGGUUUAGAGAAGUCGUUUCCUUGUGAGGGCUGAGAGAGUCGGACCUCGGAUCGCUUUGUGCUGGCGAGUGUCUCUUGGGGAAUCAUGAACAAGGACAUGAACAACCUGGAGGAAGGGGUGGAGUUCCUCCCUGCCAUGAACUCCAAGAAGAUGGAGAAGCGUGGCCCGAAGCGAAGGGUAGUUGUGGCCAUUCUGAUCAUUGCUUUUCUGCUCAUCUCCCUUGUCACUGGCCUCCUGGUUUGGCACUUCAAAUACAGGAACGCUCCUGUGCGGAAAGUCUUCAACGGCCACCUGCGAGUUCUGAACUGGGAAUUCAUCGAUGCCUAUGAGAACUCCAGUUCUCCAGACUUCAUCAUGCUGGCUAAGAAGGUGAAGAGCACGGUAGAGGAUAUCUACAGGGGUCAUCCAGAUAUUGGUCCUUACCAUAAGGAGACAGUAAUCACUGCGUUCAGUGAAGGCAGUGUCAUUGCCUACUACAUGUCAGAGUUCAUCGUCCCCAAGUACUGCGAGGAGAAGCUUGACAGCGCCAUGGCAGACAGGCAGAAUUUGGUGCAGAGGCUGAACCCACGGCUGCGAAACCCCAUGCUGAGGGUGGAAUCAGUCAUUGCUUUCCCUGCCGACCCCAGCAUCGCUCAGAGUCCUCGGGACAAUAGUUGCCUUUUCACCCUCCACGCCAAGGAAGGGGAGAUCACCAGUUUCACCACGCCGGGGUUCCCCCACAGCCCGUACCCCAACAAUGCACGCUGCUACUGGACACUGAGGGCAGAUGCCAACUCCAUCAUCAGCCUGACCUUCAAGACACUGGACUUGGAGCAGUGCACAGACAGCAGUGACUACAUCAAGGUGUAUAACUCUCUGAGCCCUGUGGAGCCCCAUGCUUUGGUGAGGCUCUGUGGGAACUAUGCUCCUUCGUACAACCUGACCUUCCUGUCCUCCCAGAACGUUAUGCUCGUCACGUUGAUUACCAACAAGGAGGGGAGAUUCCCUGGCUUCAAGGCUGAAUUCUUCCAGCUCCCAAAGAUGAAAGCGUGUGGUGGGACUCUAAGAGGAGAGAGUGGCACUUUCACCACUCCCUAUUACCCAGCACACUACCCACCAGCCACGGACUGUGUCUGGAACAUAGAGGUUCCUUCUAAAAAGAACGUGAAGGUGCGUUUCAAUAUGUUCUUUGUGCUGGAGCCUGGGGUCCCAGUCAGCUCCUGCACCAAGGACUAUGUGCAGAUCAACAACACGAGGUACUGCGGGGAACGUUCCCAGUUUGUGGUGGCCAGCAGCACCAACAAGAUAGCAGUGCAUUUCCACUCAGACCGUUCCUACACAGACACUGGUUUCUCUGCAGAAUACCUGUCCUACGACUCCAGCGACCCCUGCCCUGGCAAGUUUGCCUGCAACACCGGGCGCUGCAUUGAGAAAAGCAUGCGCUGCGACGGCUGGUUGGACUGCGUGGAUGGCAGUGAUGAGCGGUCCUGCACCUGUACUGACCAGCAGUUCAAGUGCCAGAAUGGCUGGUGCAAGCCCAAAUUCUGGCUCUGUGACAACGUGAACGACUGCGGUGACAACAGUGAUGAGUUGCAGUGCAGUUGUGCAAACGACAGCUUCAAGUGCAGCAAUGGGAAGUGCAUCCUCAGCACACAGAAGUGUGAUGGCAAGGACGACUGUGGAGAUGGGAGCGACGAGGGCACCUGCAGCAAAGCAGCCCAGUCAACAGUUGCCUGCAAAAAGUACACAUACAAGUGCCGCAAUGGACUCUGCAUCAGCAAGCAGAACCCAGAGUGUGAUGGGCAGAAUGACUGCGCAGACAAUUCUGAUGAGGACAACUGCAACUGCGGGACCCGCUCCUACGUUAGGAAAUCACGGAUCGUUGGUGGGCAGAACUCAGAUGUGGGAGAGUGGCCGUGGCAGGUCAGCCUCCAUGCCAAGAGCCAGGGCCACGUCUGCGGAGCCUCGCUCAUCUCGGAGAGCUGGCUGGUGUCAGCAGCACAUUGCUUCCUGCAGAUUCAAGGCAUCAGGUACUCAGAUGCCAGCCUGUGGACAGCCUACCUGGGCCUGACCAACCAGAGCAAACGCAACGAUGCCAACGUGCAAAUGAGGCAAAUCAAGCGCAUCAUCUCCCACCCCUACUUCAAUGACUACACCUACGACUACGAUAUUGCUGUCCUGGAGCUGCAGAGCCCUGUCACCUUCUCCUCUGUCGUCCAGCCCAUCUGCCUGCCCGAUUCCACGCACAACUUCCCCGUGGGCAAGGACCUGUGGGUGACCGGAUGGGGAGCGACUGUGGAAGGAGGCAGUGGAUCCACCAUCUUGCAGAAGGCAGAAAUCCGGGUUAUCAAUCAGACUAUCUGCAACCAGCUGCUGACCGACCAGCUGACGCAGCGCAUGAUGUGUGUGGGGGUCCUGACGGGCGGCGUGGACGCGUGCCAGGGAGACUCAGGAGGGCCCCUGGUCAGCGUGGAGGACAGCGGGCGGAUGUUCCUGGCUGGCAUUGUGAGCUGGGGUGAUGGCUGUGCACAGAGAAACAAGCCUGGAGUCUACAGCCGGCUGACAGCCCUGCGGACGUGGAUCAAGGAGCAGACGGGGCUCUAGGGGCUCUGUGCACAACCCCCAGCCACAGCCACCUCCUGCACAGCACCGCCUGGGCACAACGCAGGGCUGUGAGGCACUGCCUGAGGAGCUGCCUCCAGUGUGAGCCUCUACCUCACCGCCUCCGAGACUCCCAACCCUGGGCUGCUGGGUGAGCGCAGCCCUCAGUCCUUCGUCCUCCCAGAGCCACGUCUCCACCUCUUGAUUUCUCUCUGAUGGGGAAGCGAAGGCGGUUCCCAACCCAACCCUGAAUGAACAGUCAGGGAACAGAGAAUUACCAAAAUUUCAACUUUAUUUAAAAAAAAAAAAAAAAAAAAAAAAAAUUAAAAAAAAAAAAAAAAAAAAAAAAAAAAAAAAGAAAAAAACACACAGUGUUUUUCGAAGCAAGCUUCCUGGGAGAGGUUCAAAACAGUCUCUCAUCAUCUAUUUCAUCUCAUUCAUUUAAUCUCAUUAAAUUGUUUUUAAAUUGUCAUCUGCAAUCCUCCAUCUGGUCUUCAGUGAUGAGGGGGGAGAAGCUGUCAGCCUGUGUCCAGCUUGGCUUCUGCUCUUCUGUCCAUGCAACGCUGCAUAAGGAGCCCAGGGCUGCAGCACUGAGGGAGAGAAGCAGAGCUGCAAUGUGGCUGUGGAGGGAAACCUGGAAAAGGCAGGGCCCUGCCCCGAGAGCAGAGAAAUAGGCACUACCUUCUCAUUGUGCUUCACGUUGCUCCUUGGUACCCAGCGCCACCAUUCCCACUGCACUGAGGUGCUGCAUUGCGCCGUGACUUCGUCCUCACAGGGAGAUCCCAGGGACAGACAGGGGUGUUCCCACAGCUUGGCCCCUGCAGAAACAAAACAGGUUAGCUGGGCCUGCUCCCCAGCUGUCAGAUCCCCCACUCUUUUUACCUGUUUUAAGGAAAAAAAUGCAACCCUGUGACUGCUGAAUGUGAUUUCUUUUUCCUGUGUAGCCCAGUCCUGACCCCAGGAGAACACACUCCCAGUGAAUGUAGUUAAAUCUUUAUCUGUAAAUACAAUAUUUUUUUUUUUGUAAGACUCUCUAUGAAAUGGAAGUGCUCUAAUAAAUUGGGAUAUUUUAUAA